UGCGAAUGCACAGACGGUUCAGUAGUAAUUUGAUGUGUGUCCCCGGGGACAUUUGAUGGAUUAAAGCUAAGCAGCUCCAUUUCGCAGCACCACCUGAUCUUCCACUGCCUGUGCCCCAUAUAAAGGCUGGCGUGAUUGCUGAUCUCAGCUAGUCUGACAGUCUCUCUCUCUCUCUCUCUCGCUCUCCCUCCUCUCCCUGUCUGUCUCCAUCUCUUCUCUUCCUCACUGGUCCCUUAAGCCUGCUGCAUCACAGGAGCUAUCCAGUGCUGAACAGGAUCGCUUUUAUUUUUUAUUUUUUUAUUUUUCUUGGGGGAAGCUGGGGGAGCCAGAGAGUAUCACACAGCAUUGCCGUCAGCCUCCACUGGGUUUCCAUUUUCUUUCUUAUUUUAUGUUUUCUGGCUCUUUCUCGUCCACGUCAACCGCAAGGAUUACCUUCAAGACAACUCCGCCGCCCGUGUGCUUCCUCAGAGGGUCUCUCAUUUUUCUCUCAUGCAUUUUUCUCCCCAGCUCUGUGUUUUUAUCCAUUGAAACAUGCCCCGCUCAUUUUUGGUAAAGAAAAUCAAGCUUGAUGAUUUCUCUUCGUCCAAUGUGGCCACCUCCAAUCACCACCACCACCACCUGGACGACUCGUUCACUUUUGCACGCUCCAUCACAGACUCGGUGACCAGCCUUGGGGUUCGCCUCAGUGAGAAUGGCUACAUCCAGGAUUACAUCACACCAUCUGUAUACCAGGGGGAGAAGAAGAUGGAGCACAAGUUGGCAUCACCGGUGUCAGACCCCCUCUACACCCAGGUGAGCAGUGGGGAGGAGUACUGCGACCCCGACCUGAAGCACCCCGACAGCCCCCAGUCUGGCAUGACGGCCAGAGGCUUCUACAGUGGUGAAUCGGAGGCCCUGGCCGAAGGUUACACCAUGGAUGCCUUCUUCAUCUCUGACGGGCGCUCGAGGCGGAAGGGAGACACCGAGAGUCGCGGAGGAGGCUCGAGAAGCAGCAGCGCCAACGACGGGGUUCCGGAGAGGGGGGUCGCUGGCACAGCUCGCCAUUCCUGCAACGAGUGCGGCAAGACGUACGCCACCUCCUCCAACCUCAGCAGACACAAGCAGACGCACCGCAGCCUGGAUAGCAAGAUGGCCCGCAAGUGUCCCACCUGUAAUAAAGUCUACGUGUCCAUGCCAGCGUUGGCCAUGCACAUCCUCACCCAUGACCUCAAGCACAAGUGCGACGUGUGCAGCAAGGCUUUCAGCCGGCCAUGGCUUCUUCAAGGUCACAUGCGCUCGCACACGGGGGAGAAGCCCUUUGCCUGCGCUCACUGUGGCAAAGCCUUUGCUGACCGUUCAAACCUCCGCGCCCACAUGCAAACACACUCUGCCUUCAAGCACUACAGAUGCAAGCGCUGCAAUAAGACCUUCGCUCUCAAGUCCUACCUGAACAAGCACUAUGAGUCAGCUUGCUUCAAGGGCUCUGCCGACGAAGACGACUCUGGAUCAGAAAACUAACCGCGAGGAAGAAGCAAAAUUUUGAACCCCCCGUGUAGGUUCAUCACUAAUAACCCUGUUCACUCUGCCCUCCAUGCCUUUUUUCUUCCCUUUUUUUAGAAAGCAAUAUUUUCACUGAGAUUACGUGAAGAAACUCUAAUGAUUAUGGCAAAGACAAUUUCAAAAAAAAAAGAUGCUGGAUUUUUUCCCUGCACAGUAGCUAAUCAUCCACAGAAACAUACAAUCAAACAACCUUCCCCCCCCAAAUAAAGACUGUAGAUGAUAGUUGUACACAAUUAAGCAACAUGUGCUAGCAUGGACGCAAGCUCAUGUAAACACACACACAUACACUCACAUACGUGUAUGCACAUACACACAGACACACCUUUGUGCUUGUCACCCUUUGUGAGAAGAGAUAAAAUCUAGCCCCAACACCUCGAUCUUAACCCUAAGCCAUUACUUAAUCCUAUGUCUAACCUGAAUGCUAAACCCAAGUCUUAAUGCCCAAGUUGC